CAAACCAGUUAUUGUUCACCACAGUCGGUACAAACUGCUCGAUCUCGUCAGUUCAGUUGCUGAGUGUAUCUGAAGUUUUAUUAUCUGACUAGGAGGUCAGUGUGUCACUAUGAGGGGAACGUGGAAAAAGCGGACAUUCUUUUUACUGGGGACCAUAGUGGGCCUCUUCUUUUUGGGCAUGUUUCUGAAGAACGGAUACCAACCUGGUGUGGAUACCGAUAAAGAUUUGGACACACCGCGUAUGAUCAGGAGUUUUUCCAACCUGGAGGCAAGCAUCAGCAAUCUAAACGAUGCACUCAGACGUUUUGAGAAAAAGCAGGAUGCCAUGCAGAAGAUGUUAGAAGCAGACAGCGACAGACACAGAAAAUCAGCAGAGGUCCAAAAGCAAGCAGAGAAGCAGAAGGAAGGUGAUGCAAAUAUCCAACCCCAAAAUGAGGCAGCCCCAAUGAAAAAGUCUGAAAAACUCUUCCCUAACUCAUACUUGUUUAAGAAAUGGGGAGAAAAUCUCUCUGAAGAUGACCAAAGAGAGGCUCAGAGCCUGUAUGAGAAGUAUGGGUACAAUGUUUUUCUGAGCGAUCGCCUCCCUCUGGAUCGACCUCUCCCAGAUACCAGAGAUCCUCGGUGUUUGAAAAAGAGUUACCCCAAGGACCUGCCAAGUCUCAGUGUGGUGCUCAUCUACCUGGAUGAAGCCCUGUCUGUUCUCAAAAGAGCCCUGCGCAGCAUCAUCGACCGCACUCCUAAAAACCUGCUGAAGGAGAUAAUAAUGGUGGAUGACAAUAGUUCUAAUGAAAAUCUGAAGGGUGACCUUGACAUGUAUGUGAAGUCGCUUGAGCAGGAGAACCCUAAUCUCCGUAUUGUGAGAGUGAGGCACAGCGAGCAGAGAGGUCUCGCUUAUGCCAGAGCAUCUGGGUGGAGGGCUGCUACUGCUGACGUGGUGGCCAUCCUGGACGCACACAUCGAAGUCCAUGAGAUGUGGGCUGAACCUCUGCUGACACAGAUUAAAGCUGACAGAACUGUGGUGGUUUCCCCGGUGUUUGAUAAAAUCAGCUUUGAUGAUCUCAAGGUUACUAAAUAUUUUGCUUCUGCACACGCCUUCGACUGGGCUCUGUGGUGCAUGUAUGAGAGUUUUACACCCGAGUAUUACAAACUUAAUGAUGGUUCUCUGCCUGGCAAGAGUCCAUCUGUCAUGGGGAUCAUGGUUGCUGAUAGAAAGUUUCUGGGGGAAAUUGGAGGCCUUGAUGAAGGAAUGAAAGUGUAUGGUGGAGAAAAUGUUGAGCUGGGAAUUCGUGUAUGGACAUGUGGAGGCAGCAUUGAAGUUGUUCCAUGUUCCAAGAUCGCCCACAUCGAGAGGGCCCACAAGCCCUACAUGCCUGACCUGAGACCUGUCAUGAAGAGAAAUGCCCUCAGAGUUGCAGAGAUCUGGAUGGAUGAAUACAAGCACAACGUUAACUUGGCUUGGAACAUCCCAUUUGAGAAUCAUGGAAUUGACAUAGGCGACAUUUCAGAGAGGAAGAAACUCAGAGAAAGGCUGAACUGUAAACCUUUCAAAUGGUACCUGGAUAAUGUGUAUCCUAAGUUGGAUCCCUGGGACGACCUACUCGCAUAUGGAGGAAUGAAGAACCUUGAUGCUGAGAUGUGCCUAGACCAAGGUCCAGUACCAGGUCACACACCGAUUGCCUACAACUGCCACUAUUAUGUUUCUCAAUUCACAUAUUAUCGUGGAACGGGUGAGCUCUACAUUGGCGGCAUCAAGGCACAUAAGUACAAUGACAACCGAUGUUUAGCUGACACAGGCACAGAAGAAACUGAGCCUGGCCUGUACAACUGUAAGGAGGCUAUUCAGAAAGGCAUGGGGAUAUACUGGGACUUCACUCAGGGCAAAGAACUGAAGAACAGACAGACAAAGAGAUGCCUGGAAAUUAUAAACCAGAAGCUUAUAAUACAGGAAUGUACAGGUCAAAGAUGGCAAAGUCAACACAUAACCAAACGCUUUUAAAAUGUGUCUGAGCUCUGCUUGUACAGGAGUGGAUAAAUUACACCUGGAUGCCCUCUUGUGGAAAUUAUUUCAUUUUAUUUAAAAUAAUUUCAAUGUCAAAGUUAUUGAAAACAAAAACCUUAUAAAAGAAAUGUUUUUUUGUCUUUUUUACCAAAGAUUUUUAGUCUAUAAUAGAACAGCAAACUUUGAGACUUUUUUAAAAUUCGAAACAAAGUUACACAGUUGUAAAAUUCAAACAGGGGAGAUGUUUCCAGUUAUAUAUGCCCUUACUAGAAGUGGGAUCAAUUGCACCGCAUUUUUCUACAACACACUGUACAGCAAAUCCAUCUUCACAUGUUCUGUCCCAGUACACGUUAAAGUAAAACUCAUGCUUGGAAAUUGGGGUUUCAAAAUGUUGUUUUACUUAUUAAAUUUCAGCUACAACAGAGACCAUAAAACUCUUUUCCUUUCUUUUUUUAGCUUAAUCACACACACACAGCACAUUUUCUCUGUCUGGUAGAAGUUUGAAGGACUUGAGUUUCCAGUAAUUCAACAGGUAUUACCAUGGCAACAUUUAAAUAAAAGAAUCAGAAACUUUAUUGUAAUUGUGCGAAAACUGUAUGCAAACCCGUCCAGUGCAAGGAAGAAGGCACGGUAU